CUACGGCUGGUGGCGGCGGCCGAGGCGGCAUGGAUCUCAGCGAGCUGGAAAGAGACAAUACGGGCCGCUGUCGCCUGAGUUCGCCUGUGCCUCCUGUGUGCCUCAAGGAGCCCUGCGUCCUGGGCGUCGAUGAAGCGGGCCGGGGCCCGGUGCUGGGCCCCAUGGUCUAUGCUAUCUGCUAUUGUCCUCUGUCCCGCCUGGAGGAUCUGGAGGCCCUGAAAGUGGCAGACUCAAAGACUCUGUCGGAGAGCGAGCGGGACAGGCUUUUUGCGAAAAUGGAGGAGGACGGGGACUUUGUGGGCUGGGCACUGGACGUGCUGUCUCCAAACCUCAUCUCUACCAGCAUGCUUGGGCGGGUCAAAUACAACCUCAACGCCCUCUCUCAUGAUACAGCCACAGGCCUAGUGCAGUUUGCGUUGGACCAGGGUGUGAACGUGGCCCAGGUGUUUGUGGACACCGUGGGGCUCCCAGAGACAUACCAGGAACGACUGCAGCAGCGUUUUCCUGGCAUUGAGGUGACAGUCAAGGCCAAGGCAGAUGCCCUCUACCCCGUGGUCAGUGCUGCCAGUAUCUGUGCCAAGGUGGCCCGAGACCAGGCCGUGAAGAACUGGAAGUUUGUGGAGAAACUGCAGGACCUGGACACUGAUUAUGGCUCAGGCUAUCCUAAUGAUCCCAAGACGAAAGCCUGGUUGAGGAAGCAUGUGGACCCUGUGUUCGGCUUUCCCCAGUUUGUCCGCUUCAGCUGGCGCACAGCCCAGAGCAUCCUGGAGACUGAGGCAGAAGACGUGAAGUGGGAGGACUCGGAGACUGGGGAUCAGGAGGGGCCUGGGAAGAUCAAGUCCUACUUCAGUGAAAGCCCCCAAACCUGCCUCCGCCUUCCCCAUCGGUACUUCCAGGAGCGGGGCCUGGAGUCAGCCACUGUCCUCUAGGAGCCAGCCUGGACCCCAUUUACCUGUCCCCCAUCACCCGUCCCGCCUCAGUUCGUGAUUAAAAUUCUUCAAGGAAAGCUAAGUGUGGGGAUUCUACUUUGGGAUAGAAGUAUGUUCUGUCUGCAUCUGGACCCAGUCACUGACUUCUGGAACCUAAACAGGAUGGAUAUUGGUUGAUUUAAUUAGAUUUUUUUAAUGCCUGGUAGAUUUGUUUGACGCAGAAUUAGGAACCAGUAUGCUGAGAAGCUAAGGGCUUCCCAGUGGCACUAGUGGUAAAGAACCCGCCUGCCAAUGAAGACAACAUAAGAGACACAGGUUCGAUCCCUGGGUCGGGAAGAUCCCCUGGAAGAGGGUAUGGCAACCCACACCAGUGUUCUUGCCUGGAGAAUCCUGUAAACAGAAGAGCCUGGUGGGCUACAGUCUAUAAGGUCACAAGCAGUUGGACACAACUGAAGUGACUGAGGGUCCCACCACAUACCACACUGAGAAGCUCCCCUUCCAUACUACCCCCCAACAUCCUGGUCGACUUAAUGGGGUGUCUCAGUCCCUUGUGGCCUGUUGUAACAAAACACCACAGGCUGGGUGCUUUAUAUACAAUAGAUACUUAUAUUUAACAGUUCUAGAGGCCGGAAAUCCAAGAUCAGGGUACCAACCCAGUUGGCUUCGGGGAAGGCCCUCAUCCAGAUCACAGACUGCCAUCUCCCUGGGUUCUCACGUGAAGGGGUGAGGAAUCUCUGCAAGGUCCCUUUUAUGAGGGCACUAAUCCCACCCAUUAGAGAGCUCCACCCAUGUGACCUUGUCCCCUCCCAAGGUGUAAGGUGUCCUCCUUACACCUAAGACCAUCUUUGGGGGUUAGGAUUUCAGCCUGAGUCUUUUGGGGGCUGUACAAACAUUUGGACCAUAGCAGGUGCCUCUUAGGCCCUUCUGGAGGUAUCUUGGCAUGUUACA